GGAUGGAGGUCUCAAGCUGAAUUCCUAUGAACUUUGUUGAAUUUGACAGCUGGAUAGAGAAGAGGUUAUACCAUGGCUACAGCUAAGAGAAGCAGUAAGGUAUUCUUGGCAGUGACAACGGACUAUUUAUUUGCAUCAGAUACUCUUGUAUGAAAAGGUCACAUUUCCAAAGAGCUUAAAUAUUAUUUCAUCUUCUGAAACAGAAUGGCAGGCUUCAAACGAGGAUAUGAUGGAAAAAUUGCGGGAUUGUAUGACUUGGAUAAAACUUUAGGCAGAGGGCAUUUUGCUGUGGUCAAACUUGCUCGGCAUGUCUUUACAGGUGAAAAAGUAGCAGUAAAAGUAAUAGACAAGACCAAACUGGACACUCUAGCUACCGGACAUCUUUUUCAAGAAGUUAGAUGCAUGAAACUAGUGCAGCAUCCUAAUAUAGUGCGACUGUAUGAGGUGAUUGACACUCAGACUAAGCUUUAUCUUAUCUUAGAGCUAGGUGAUGGAGGAGAUAUGUUUGAUUACAUCAUGAAACAUGAAGAAGGUCUGAAUGAGGAUCUGGCAAAAAAAUAUUUUGCUCAAAUAGUUCAUGCUAUAUCCUACUGCCAUAAACUGCACGUGGUUCAUAGAGACUUAAAACCAGAGAAUGUUGUCUUCUUUGAAAAACAAGGACUUGUGAAAUUGACUGAUUUUGGCUUCAGCAACAAAUUUCAGCCUGGAAAGAAGCUCACUACAAGUUGUGGAUCUCUUGCAUAUUCUGCUCCUGAAAUUUUACUUGGGGAUGAAUAUGAUGCACCAGCAGUGG